UCCUUCCCACAUGUGUCCAUCUGUUCCCUUUUUUCAGAUCCUGCUCCCUUUUUUCCAACCACCUGCGAAUUCUUCUUCCCCUUCAAGCUCCAUUGGCGUUUUUUGGAGGUUAUUUUGACGAAAAUUGGAAAUCUAUGGCCUCACCUAUUACAAUCAUAUGUUUUGAUUACGGAGGAAGUUACAUCAAAGAUGGGGGUGAGAGAAGAUGGAUCUCGGGAGAAGAUGAAAUUCACACUCUAGUGAUGAAGACAGCUGUGGAAGAGAUUACGUAUUCUGAAUUGGUUGAAAGUAUAUGCAUAAAGAUUAAGGCAAAUGCAGAUGGGAUGGUGAAGACUAGUUACUUUCCAAUGAUAUUGUAUUCGAACAAGCCAUCAUAUAUUUGUCGUGAUGAAGACGUUUUGGGUUAUCUCAUGCAAGUAAAUCAUGAUAAAUGUAGAAGUGUUUUACAUGUGGAGAUCAGCAGCGACAUGGAUGAUACAUAUGGUGGUAUGUCACUUUUAGGAGAUGAUGAUGAGACUGAUGAUAGCUAUGUUGGUCUUUCUGAUGAAGAUGAUGAUGAAACUGAUGAUAGCUAUGUUGGUCUUUCUGAUGGGACCAAGGAAGAUGACACUGAGCAAGAUGGAACUGAUCAGGAUCAUGAGAUGGAUGGUGUGGUCGCGCUUUACACACCCGAACAACAUGAAGACAUUGAGAUGCAUGAGAAUUUAAAGCAUGGGUAUGAAGGAACAGAAGUAAGAGUGGAAGAAGAAGCUGGAGAAGCGGAAGUUGAAGCUGCAAGAGCCGGAGUUGAAGCCACGACUGCAGUAGAAGAAGAAUGCGAUGAUGGUCUCGAUUUGGUUAAGGGUCAAGAAUUCAGAACUAAGGUAGCCAUGCAAGUUCUAGUUCAGAGGGGUGCACAUAAGAAUGGUUUUGAGUAUGAAACAUUGAAGUCCGAUACUGUGAGAUUUGUGGCAAAAUGUCGAGGAGCCAAAGAAGGUUGCAAGUGGUAUUUGCGUGUAGUAAAGCUUAAGAAUUCAGAUCUUUGGACGGUUAGAACUUACAACAAGUCUCAUACAUGCUCAGUAGUAACUACAAGUACCCUUAGAAACAGAAGGAGAGCAGACACACCACAUGUUGUCGCGCAUCUGUUUUGA